AUGCGUAAUGGCUCCUGCAAGUAUGGCCCGAACUGCAAGUAUAAUCAUCCAGAUCCUACGGCUGUGGGAGGAAGUGACCCUACUUUGGCAUUUGUUAAUGGUGGAUCCGCUUCUCUACCAGCUCCAUCACCGUCAAGUGUAGGUUCUUGGUCUUCACCAAGGGCAUUAAAUGAUCCUACGCCCUUUGUGCCAAUUGUGUUUUCACCAACUCAAGGAGUUCCUUCACAGAGUCCAGAGUGGAACGGAUAUCAGGCUCCUCUAUACCCUCCUGAAAGAAGUCUGCAUCCACCUCCAUCGUAUGCCAUGAGCAACCCGGCAACUCAAAGUAAUGUCUAUGCACCUCAGCAACCGGAAAUAGUAGUUGAUGAAUUUCCAGAACGACCUGGCCUACCAUUGUGCAGUUUUUUCAUGAAAUUUGGGGACUGUAAGUUUAAAUCUAACUGCAAAUAUCAUCAUCCAAAGAAUCGGAUCUCAAAGUCACCCUCAGUAACUCUUAGUGACAAGGGCCUGCCACUAAGACCUGAUCAAAACAUCUGUGCUCACUACAGCCGCUAUGGUAUUUGCAAGUUUGGGCCUGCAUGUAAAUUUGACCAUUCAAUACAACCAGCUUCGACAGGAUCUGGUGAAGAUCAGCACACUGUCUUUGGCAACUCUGUGACAGAGAGCGGAAAUGGAAGUGAUACUGUGAUAGAGCAGCCUGUUGGUGAUCGCAAUUUUCUCACCUAUGCUUCAUCUCAGGUUUCAAGCUAUUUUCCUCAGUUGGAGGUUGUCACAUUUCGUGUCAUGUUACAUGAUCUUCAGUCGGCUUCCAGGAGAUAUAUCUACCAGGAUAAAGUGAGAUUCGAAGAAGUUCCUAAAGCAACAACGCUGAAGUGA